AUGCGAAGAAAAGAAGUCAAGUCCUCCGGCCAGGACGGGUGCAUGAAGUUUGACAAAAAGGUUUACUCGUACCAGGUCGAGGAAAUCCCCAAAAACCAUUACGUCAAGCUCUACGGCACCACCAGAUGCGAGACCUCAAGGAACAUGUUUGACGGGGUAUUGGUGUCUCUGGACCAGGACUCGGCUGCUAAGGGCUGCCGAGGACGAGAAUAUAAUGAUCCGGAUGUUGAAUACGGCUUGGUGGGCUCUUCGGCCCUGGCCUAUAAUGUACUCAAAUAG